CAUCUGCUAGCUACUACCUAGUACUUACUACCCAAACAAAUCAAAGUCCGAGGCUACACGAACAUAGUUAGUUGGCUACUCGGCUCAAGGUUGUUAAUUUGCUACGUACUCUUUUCUUGCGAGUGAAGUGAUCUUUGUGUGUGCAAAGCUAGCUAGCGGCAAUGGGGAGGCAGCCGUGCUGCGAUAAGGUGGGUCUGAAGAAGGGCCCGUGGACGGCGGAGGAGGACCAAAAGCUCGUCAGCUUCCUCAUCGGCAACGGCCAAUGCUGCUGGAGAGCCGUCCCCAAGCUCGCCGGGUUGCUCCGGUGCGGGAAGAGCUGCCGGCUGCGGUGGACCAACUACCUCCGCCCGGACCUUAAGCGCGGCCUGCUCUCCGACGAGGAGGAGCGGACCGUGGUCGACCUGCACGAGCAGCUCGGCAACAGGUGGUCCAAGAUCGCCUCCCACCUGCCCGGCCGCACCGACAACGAGAUCAAGAACCACUGGAACACGCACAUCAAGAAGAAGCUCAGGAAGAUGGGGAUCGACCCCGUCACUCACAAACCCCUACAGCAGCAGCCGCAACGGCCCUCCGGCGGCGGCGACUCGAAGCUGCCUGUGGCUGAGGAGAAGGCCGCGGCGGUGGCCACAGAAAGCAGUCAGUCGGGUCCUCACGAAGACAUGUUCUGCUGCCCCGAAGAGGUCCCGACCAUGAUGCAGCUUCUGGACGACAUCAUCUUGCCGUGCGACGACCUCGUCGCACCGGCACAGCUCGACAGCAGCAGCUGCGGCACGGCUUCUUCGUCACCAACCGAGUCGUCUUCUUCUUCCUCGUCCAGCGCCUCGGCGUCAAGCGGCGGCGGCUUCGACGACGACUGGCUGCCGCAGUUCAUGGAGUGGCCGGUGGAGCCCAUGUACAUGAUGGGGCUGGACGAUAUGGUCGCCACGCCAGCGCCAGAGCCGGCGCCGACGUCGGCAUGGGACUUCGAGGACCCCUUCAAUCCAUACCAGAGGAUCUCCCUGUUUGAUCACCAGGAGAUAUGGGCUUGAUCGACCGAGCACUUCGAUCGGAAUAUAUCUUACUAUUCUUUAUGACGACUCAAUCAACAGUAAUCCAACCACAACAAGCCACGUUUGUCCGUAAGGCAUAGUCCGUAACAUUCAGCCUGUAGGUGUAGGAUUAUUGCUCAAUUAAUUACCGUCAUGCGAUUGCGUCCGUAUAUAUACUGCAAAGUAAAAAAAUAAAAUCAUCGACAGUGGUCUUAGAACAACACUUAAGAAAAUAAGUAAACGAAAUCAAGUGG